AUGUCACGAAUUCCUGUCCCCUCCCACUCUCCCUCCUACAAUCGUAGCGCGGGCGCACCGACCUCUACUUCUCCAAUACCCUUUCCCGACCGUGCCGUUUCUCCCUUCCCUGGUUCCACUCGUCACCAGUUGUCCACAACCAUGUCGACGCUGUCCAGCUCCGUUGCAGAGACCAGGAAGAAACAGUCCAAGCGGGAUGAGGCUAUUCGCAAGAAGAUAGAGUCGGAGCUCUCGCGGAAACGUACGAUCUCGACCACCCAGAUCCAGCACUCCCGCAAGCGCGGGACGAAGGCCAGUGUGCAGAAGGGCACCGUCGCCGCGCUCAAGCCGAGUCCCGCGUUGACCGUGCCCGAGAGCAUCACGGUCUCGGAAGCCAGCCAGCUGUGCGCGGCGAAGAGGACCGACUGUGUGCUUGUAGUCGACGACGACGAAGGCCUGAGUGGGAUUUUUACCGCCAAAGAUUUAGCUUAUCGGGUGACUGCUGAUGGUUUGGACCCCCAUACUACUCAGGUUAGCGCGAUAAUGACGCGUGGCCCGAUGGUUACGCGUGAUACCACCAGUGCUACUGAGGCAUUGCAGUUGAUGGUGCAAAGACACUUCAGGCAUCUGCCUGUGUGUAAUGAAGAAGGCAAUGUCGUUGGCCUUCUCGAUAUCACCAAGGUCUUCCAUGAGGCACUCGACAAAGUGGAGCGCAGUUCCUCUGCUUCUGAGAAACUGUACGCUGCUCUCACGGGCGUGCAGUCUGAAUUGGGUGGUGGAAUGGGUGCCAAUCCCCAAGCUGCUGCCAUGUUGUCCUACGUCGAAGCGCUGCGCGAGAAGACUGCGCUACCCGACCUUUCCAGUGUCAUGGACUCCCGCACUCAGCCCGCGACUGUCGGCCCGAAGACUACCGUCAGAGACGUCGCGAAGCUGAUGAAGGAGAGGCGCACCACCGCGGUCUGCGUGAUGGAGACACCUACGGUCCCGCCCGGCGCCCCUGCUGCGGCUCCGAAGAUUGCUGGCAUCUUCACCAGUAAAGAUAUUGUGCUGCGUGUGAUAGCGGCUGGAUUAGACUCGUCCAGAUGUAGUGUUGUGAGAGUUAUGACCCCACAUCCCGAUACCGCUCCUCCUACUUUGACGUGCCACGAGGCGCUGAAGAAGAUGCACAACGGUCAUUAUCUGAAUUUGCCCGUCGUUGAAGCUGACGGGCGCCUGGUUGCCAUCGUCGACGUGUUGAAAUUGACUUAUGCAACGCUUGAACAGAUGAAUGCGAUCACGGCUGAGACCGCUGGAGAGGGUGAAGCCGAAGGCGGACCGAUGUGGGGUCGCUUCUUCGAAUCCCUUGGCACGAACGAAGACUCCGAGUCUGCGCUGUCGGGCUCCGCCUUCCACACCGAUCUACACUCUCGUCACCUGUACAGGACCAUGUCUCACGCCCUACAAUCUCCAUACUCGGAAGUGCACCCCAACGACUCUGCUUCCGUUGGCGAGGAGGAGGACGCUGUCUCCGCUCUGGACGGGUACCCGAAGAAGCGCGGCGAGACGGCUACGUCAGUGACCGGUCCUUCAGGACCUGCUCCGCCCGUCGACGACGGGACGUACGUCUUCAAGUUCCGCACCCCCAGUGGACGUACCCACAGAUUCCAGGCCCGCAGCGAUAACGUGGAGAACUUGCGCGACAUCGUUGGCGGAAAGCUCGCCACCGAUCCAUUUUUCACGAAUUACAGGAGUCAAAACCCUUCCGAGCCCCCUCCGGAUCCAUCAGACUUCCUGCUGUCGUACACGGACGCGGACGGCGAUGUUGUACUGAUCACCUCGGACUCGGACGUGUCGGACGCAGUGAAGAUUGCGAGGGCGGCUCAUGAUGAUCGCGUCGUCCUGUACCUCCAGGGUGGGAAAGGCUGGGCAGAAGAAAUGGCUGAGAAGAGCGCGGCUGCACGUGCCGCUGAGGCCGCCGCCGCUGCUGAGCGCGAGAAGGAGUUAGAGAAGGCGGCGGAGGUGGCAGCGGUUGUAGCAGCCGCCCCCGAACCGGUCCCCCAGGCACAUCCCCAACCCGUGCACCACCAUGAGGAGGACUUGGUGUUGGGCGUCCCGAAAGAUCUGUUGCUACCCGCCAGCAUAGGUGCCUUGGCUGCGGUCAUUUUGGGCGUUUUCACGAUUUCUCGGCUUACUCGGUAA